AUGAAGGCCGCCAUUUUCCUUGCCUUACUUAGGGGCCUUCACUCUUUCGUGAGUGCCACGGUCGACGGCUCUAAUAGUCAAUUGCCCUCUGAUAAUCCGUCAUUCUCAGACGACGCGCGCAGCCUUGAUAGUGUUGCACUGUUGGAAAAUCGAGCCGACAGCGAUGAUUCCGGAGGCGUUGCAUGCGGGCCCGCGACGGUCGGCGUCAUUGAACCCCGGUCAUUCAAUGAUAUCUUUGAUGAUUUCGGGAACUCUUCAAGUCUAACGCGGCGUACCAUUACCUUGCCCAAGCGCAGAACGAAGAAGGCGAUGGACGCGUACAUCCAGGGGCAACUGGUCCCGCACAAAUCUCACAGAAUCAUCUGGAGGAAGAAUGUCGACGUCGGAAAUGGUCAGUUCCAAGUUGAGGAUAUGGCUACCUCACUGUUCAAGCCCCUUGAUGAUGAGGCCUUCAGCUUGGGCACGAAUCAUCUAUCCGGCUGCACUGUGCUGGUCAUCGUUAGUCGAAAGGGGGUUUAUAUGGCACAUUACUGGGAGAGCAUCUCCUUCGUACCUGAAAAUGAUUGGAGAAGGCAUUUUGGAAGCAAUGAGAAGUGCUUCACUGAGACCGUCUUAAGGGGCCUGCGGCAGGGGGUGCACGAAGAAGGCGCGGAAACGGCAGAGCAAGUCCCCUUGACCUGGUUUGCGAACUAUUUCGACGAUGAUACAACCGUCGCAUACAUCAUGCGCCCCGAGAAAGACGCCUGGUACCAAACGGCCAAGAGAUGGGAAAACCAAUACCUCCCCAAGUGGAAAGAGAUCAAGAAGGUCGUCGGGGAGAUCGUACCGCGGCUCCAAAACGAGGCAAAGUGGAAGGAAAUCGUGUAUAACCGGUUGGACCGAGAAGACUCUCGAUUGGACACCGAAGCCCGCGGGAUUGUUUUGUACCAGUUUGACCCCGACAAUCGAUAUUAUUCCGCGAAACUCAAAGGAACAGCAACUCAGAAAAAGUCCUUACUUUGGGCAGAAGAUAGCCCUGACCCGCGCCACGAGGACACUUGGGAUGAUGGACCGGUGAAGAGUAGUGGAAGGGGCAAAGGUGGUUAG